AUGGGCGUUGGAUCAUAUGUAAUAUAUCGAAUGUUUGUCCGAUUAUUAGGAAGAAAUUUUCUGUGGAGAAUUAUCGAUCAAGUUCGUCUCGAUCUGUUGAAUUUAAGUCGACAAGAAUUGUAUCUCCUACAUUCUACACAGGUGAAUUUUGGUGUAGAUCAGUCGUUGUUGGCUGUAGCUGGUGCAAAUCGUUUAUAUGUGGAUAAUUGUUGUGAAGAAUUCUCGAGACGUAUUCUUUCUUCUGAUGAAUCGGAACGAAGAAGAAAGAAACGGUUUAUCUCGAAGUACUCUUGCGAUCGACAGUUUUCUUCAACAUCUUUCUCAUCAUCAUUUGCUGAACGGUGGCAGCGUGAUAAGGUGAUAAGGCUAAGGUAUGCAUGUGCAUAUGGCCCAAGUGUAAUUUCGUUUUGUCCUGUGCGCAAAGCGCAUUUUCGUUAUGUUACUACAAAAAAUUAUAUCAAAGUAACAGCUGAAUUGAGCUGCGACUUGGCUAUUUAUCGAAAUGGUCAGCAUCCAAAAUACCAAAAUUCGUUAGUCUCGGAACAAGCGUCUCAUCAACGUUCGUCGGAAUUAACCGAAACAAGAAGUGAAAAAUCUGCCUCAUUGCGGCUUUUGUGGGAUGAUCCGGAAUGGGAUGAUCAAAUGGAUUUUCCUGGUCAAUAUGGAUUGAUUUUCGCCUCAUUUUCAGAUAUGGUUCAAUAUGGCCGAAACUCUUCUCCAUCAGAUAUGUCGGAAAUGUCGGAAUUUCUAGCAGCAAAAAAAGUUUUUGAUGAUGCGUCGUCUGUUAAUAACUUAUCCAAAGAUAGUAAUGAUUUGUGCGGUGUUUCUUCGGAUUCGCUGUCUGUUGAAACUAAUGAUUCGGUUAUUGGCGCUCGCGAUUUCAUUCAACGCAACUGUAUGACUGAUUCGAAGCAUUUGUAUCAACUAGUCACUGAUUUUAUGAGCUCAGAUGCUGCAUCACUUUGGAGCGGAUGUAGCACUCGUUCGUUUCGUUCGCUGAGGUAUUGCGCUGCAGUGAAUAGUAAUGGAUUACUCGGUGUGACUCAGAUUCUCUCUCAUACUACUCAUCCAAAAUGUGACAUUUUCUCGAAUUCAAUGACAGACAGUGGAAUAAGUCGUGGUACAACUGCAACAUCAGUCUACUGCUCUCGUGACAGAUCCUUAAUUUUCGAUUCGAUGACCAGUUCAAAGUUUGUUCCUGCUGAAGAUGAGGCGUGCUGCUCAGGCCUUGCUAAGGCAUUUAUUAUUAACUCAACAUCGUGCGAUCUGAAAAACGAGUCUAUUAUCAGGCGUUCAGUCUUAAUUGAUGAAGAUCAACAGUCAUUGACGCAGACUCAGCGCAGUUUAGAAUGGGAUGAAGAAUUCGAGGAAUGUGAUGAUUCGAGGAAUGUAAUCGUUGAAAAUUUAGAUAAUUUUAAGGAUUCCAAGAACUCAAACACAGAACAUAAUUCGUGUAAAGUGUCUUCGGGAAAAUGUUUGAGAAAAACGAGAGAUUUAAUGGUUUGGGCUCAUCAGAAUUAUCCACUGGAUCAAGUUCGAUUAAAAGUGUUCCGAGAAUUAUAUUCUUUACGAGGUUUUAAAAGAAUUGGCGUUGAACGAAACGGAAAUAUCAAUGAAAAUUUUUUAGCAUCUGUAUUACACAUUAUGCUUGCUCAUAAAGUUUCAUUUUUUUCUCGUCAUAAUCUAACGAAUGCUCAAAAGCAGAAGCGAGAAAAUGCAACAAUAGCAGUGGUUAACAAAAUAUUGAUGCAAGAAAAUGAAAAACAAGUGUAUUCAUUAUAUUCUUUAGAAAAUAGGGCUGCAGAACGAAAUAUAGUUGCUGUAAGUCAAAUAAGAAGCCUUUGUUAA